GCCCGUCCCAGCACGCACUUCAGUUUGCAUCUCCUCGACCACCCCUCGCCGCCUCCGCUGAGCAGUGUGCGCGACCCAGUUUGCAUCCCCCGACCCGCUACUCGCUCCGCUGUCCCAGCCCCGGCGCGACGACCCGCCCCAGCGCCCUCACCCACGGGAGCUAUCCUGCCCAGGACAGGACACCACUAUCGAAACGAAACGGCCACCGUCGCUACCGCACGCCCAUCUGCUGCGCCCGCACUCGCUGCAGCAAUUGCUCGCUGCGUGACCGCACAAUUCUGGGCUCGCUGCGCGGUAUAUAAGUCAGACGCCGCGCUGCACCGCACCGCUCCGUGCAUCUCUGCAUGCACCCGAGCUUCUAUUGAUACUUUCUGUUCGCAGCCUCCACCACACACCACCCGCCAUGGACGGCGCCCAACUCUUCCCGCCCGCCCGGGACGACAUGGCCGCUUUCUUCGACGAGGUGCCCAUUUCCUUUCCCACCACAGUGACCCCCGAGGAGCUACAUUCGACUACCAGCAUAUUGCUAGAGGAUCUGGCCACCUCCUCUAAUUCCUCUCAUAGCCAGUUCUACAACGACCUAAACGCCCACGACUCCGGCGUUGACCUGCGAGGCCAAUGGGCGCCGCCCAUCAAGCAGGACUCUGACAUGGACUCGUCGGAGCCGUACGACCAGUUCCUCACCAUGGGCGACUCCCCCAUGGCGACCAACAACCCCUCGCCCGCCACCGACAUGAUCUUCAGCCAGUCCAACUCUCCACGCGGCUUCAUGUGCGACCGCAGCUCCGUCAGCUCCCCCGAGGGUGCCGCCCCGGGUUUCACUGACGCAAUCCUCAUUCCGCAGUCACGAGACGCACCCCACGUCUCUCUCGUCCCGGACAAGACAAAGACCCGGGCCGAGACGCAAAUCAAGAUGACGCUCACGCUGGAUCCGCUGGACAACGUCGAGUAUAUCCGGUUUCCACGCAAGACGCUCGCCAAGCCCAAGCACUUUGCUUCUGAUGAAGAGAGGCAAGAGAUUGAAUCCAAGGGUGCCGUGCUGCAGAUGAAUGUCCACCUCGUCUGCGCAACCGCCAUUGAGGCCCCACAGGACCGCCAACGCGCGCUGCGGCGGGCCGCGGGCACCGAGCCAAUCCCUCGCCGGCCCGAAGCUUUUACCUCUGUCACCGAGCUGGACAAGGAUGAUCCUUCACACCCGCAGAAUGGAGGCGAGGUGCUCAUCUGCCAGGGCUGCAAAGAGCGCGAGCGCAAGCGUUACGACCGCAAGAAGAAGCGCGGCGAGGAUGAGGACGAGUUUACACUCUACGAGAACGACCGCGUCAUCAUGAUUAACGAAAAAGAGCACAAGAAGCUCCGAGAGGUAGAGGACGCAGAGAUGCAGUUCACACCUCGUGCUCGACAGGUCGAGUUUGCCAUGCGCAUCGCCUGCUAUUGUCGGCAUCAGGAGGAGAAGACGCCCAAGGGCUACCGCGUCAUCUUCACCUUUACGCUCGACAAUGGCUUGCUCGCGCAGCACGUGUCGGACGUCUUCCACAUCACCGACGACCACAAGAACAAGGAGCUCUCUGUGGACGCCCGGCCGCAGCCGCUUGCCAUUCCGCAAUACGGCAUGCAUUCAUACUACCAGCAGCAGUCGAGCGUGGUGCCCAUGUACCAGUUCACAGAGAACUAUGGACUCGGCGCGUUCUCGCAACCUACGACUCCCACGUACUCGCAGACCACGACGCCCAUGUACUCACAGCCCACGACGCCCAUGUACUCGCAGCCCACGACACCCAUGUACUCGCAACCGACGACACCCAUGCACUCGCAGCCCUCGACACCCAUGUACUCGCAACCCUCGACACCCAUGAAUCGGAGACCGGAUACAGGUCACGGGCUGGGCUGGAAUGGGAAUAUGAUGGGAUGGGAUGGAUCGGCGCGUUACGACCAAGUGCAUGGUGCACAAUUGAAUGGUGCACAGUUGAGUGGUGCUCCGUUGAAUGGUGCACAGAUGAUGUUCAGCAACGGCAAUGUUUUUUCUACGACAGGAAUUUAGGCGCUCGCCUCAGUCAUUCGGCGAGCGAGCCCUCGGGCGUUACAGCGGCGUUGCGCGACAGUUGCGCGGAGUUUUUUUCACAUUGCCUUCUUCGGAAGCCUGAUUAUAGAGCGACUUUGGGAUUGGGACGGGACGGGACGGGAUGGGAAUUUCUUUUCUUUUCUCACUGUCACUUUACGUUUGCACGAUAGAAUACCUUGUAAUCAGCACGGAACGAAAUCGAGGCUGGACUGGCGCGCGCAGGAUGCGCAUGGAGCGUUUGAGUUUGAGCAGGGUGUGAGAGAGACUGAGAUUGUUAAUCCAAGACGGUUCGCACGCGCAAGCGUAC